CUGUCAGUUUAAUGAUACCUGAAACAUAAAAUAUUGAAGAAAUAAAAAGUAUUUAGAGAAGAGACAGUGAUACAAUCCUAACUAUUCAAUAAAUAGUCUAAAAUUUAGAAUAAGAAAGCAAGUUUUAUUAUAUUUUAGUUUAAGUAUACGUAAACUGCCUAAAUCAUUGCUUGAAUAACAAAAUUAGUGUAUUUUUGAUAUAAAAGAAACAGAUUAAGACUUUAAAAAUAGAUAAUUUUCUGUUGGUUUAAAAAAACAAUAAAGUGAUAAUUCAUCUGAUUAUAAAAAUAAUUAAGUCAAAUCAUUCUCAAAACGUAGCUGUAGAACUUUAGAAAUAAAUUCUUAAAAAAAAAUAGAAUUGAGUUCUAUUAUGGAAAUAUAAUAGAUACCUAAUUUUUAAUAAGAAAACUAAUUUAAAAACAAAAAUGAAGAGUAAUAAAAUUUAGUAGAAAUUGAUAAUUCAAAUGAUGAUCUAGAGGAGAUUAUGUAUAUAUAGUAAUAAAAAUUUAGAUGUUAAAUUUAAUAAAUAGAUAAUGAUCUUGAAAAUAGACGUUAAAAUAUCUAGAAGUUCAAUUCAUUUAAAAAAUAAACUUCACAUGAAUCAGUAUAGUAAUAAGAGAAUAAAAAUAAUAAAGAGGAUUCUUGUCCUAUUUGUGGAAUCAUUGAUGUAAUAAGAAUAUAGUUACUUUCAUGCGAACAUAAAUUUUGUCUGUAUAUGAUAUGAUAAAUUUAAAGCAAUUGUUAUAAAGAAUACCUAGAAGACAAAAUAAAAAACGCCAAAAUUAAUAAUAUUCCUUGUUUAGAAGAAGGUUGCAUAGUAAAAUUUCCAGAACCUGUAAUAAAAGAAACAGUAAGUAAAUAAAAAUUUGAUCAAUAUUUAAUAUUUAAACGUAAAUUAGAGAUUGAAAAUGAUAUGAAUAAAAAAUGGUGUCCUGCAGUAGGUUGUGAUUUAUAUGUCGAAAGAAAUCCAAAAUCAAAUAUUGUCUAAUGUCAUUGUGGGACCUCUAUUUGUUUUAACUGUGGUAGGAAGGCACAUUUAGGUUAAUUAUGCGAGGUAUAAUUCAAAAUUAAAAAAAAGCAAGCUAUUGAGGAAGAUUUUAGAGAUGCAAUAAAUAAAUAUAGCAUAAAAUAUUGUCCUGGAUGCAAUGCUCACAUUUAAAAAAAUGCAGGAUGUAAUCAUAUGACUUGUAUUUAAUGUCAUUAUUAAUACUGCUGGGUUUGUUUAUAGCACUAUAAUUAAUAUCAUUAUAGAUAUUGGUCUUUAAAAGGUUGUGCAAGUAAAUUUAUUAUCCUAUAUGUUAAGUAUGGUCUAAUGGAAGAUUCAAAACAAAUAAAAUUGUUAGUAAUCCUGAUAGAAUGAGGUGGAUUUUUUUUCUACCUCGUUUAAUACUUUUUCUUUUAAGGGGACCAUUAAUAUUUUUCAAAUUUUUAUUUUUCGCUUCUGUUAAAUCUUUUUCUAAACCAUUUUAGAAAUUGAACAAAAAAAUUUCGCGCUCAAGAAAACCAAAAAGUUGGUAUAAUAUUCAAUUAUUAGUGUUAGUUUUUUAAGAUCAAUAUAUUUUAUAUUCGUAGAAAUAAUAAUUUUGAUUAUUGUGAUAAUAAUCUUUCCUUUUUACUUGUUGUUUUAUCGGAUUUUCAAAGAAUUUAAAUGGCUUUGUAUCAAAGGAUGUGCUUAUUGA